GUAAUUUGAGGCGGUCAACACUAAAAACUGACGCAGGAUGACCACUGAAAAUGGUGAGAUUCGCCGUCCAACUAUUGCUGAUCGUGAGGAUGAAUAUCGUUCGCGUCGUCGAUUGCUGAUGAUUUCUCCAGCAAGAGUAGACCCGUUCGCUGACGGUAUGUAUACAAACAGCGUUUUUAUUGUUUAUCAGCAUUUAUCCUUAAGUUAUUACCCCAUCUAAGAACGAAUUUUUCUUUUUUGUAUAGCGAUGUGGUGUCCAGCGGGGCUUAUUUUUUGUGUAAGGUUAGGGCGUUUGGUAAGUGCAUAUGAUUAGGUGAUUGUUUAGUUCUUAUACAUUCUACGCAAUCCAAACUCUUUUACAGCGAUUUCGCAUCAUUCAACCUUGAAGCAAUCUCUUGGUUCGGAAACGAUGGCCCGGGAUAAACCCAUCACGUGCGUCAUUUUUUUAUGAUGUUAAAUUAUUUGUAUAGUUCUCUAAUGCCUAAUUUGUCUUUGCUUCUUUUUAUUUAUAUUUAUUUCUGCGCACCACUGACAAAUAAUUUGAUGAAUUGGCGUUUGUAGGCGACCAAACACCGGAUCACCGUCUAUCAACGUACAAAGAUAUCAUGCUUAAUCAGCAACUCACCAAGGAACAACGAGCAUUGCAGGCAGAGAUAGCCGAAAGAGGUAAGACUGGGACGCUACGAAUGGACUCAGAAGUUCCCACGAAAAGACGGAGAUGGGAUCAGCCUACCACAGAUGUCAACGGGACUAAGAAUGACGCACCAACUCCUGCUGCUACUCCAUCAACUCCUUCGAAGCGUUGGGGAGAUGACGCACUCACUCCUUCACGUCCACCCUCUACACUUACAGGAGUCUCAACCCCUGGAAGCCGGUCACAGUGGGAUGACACUCCCGGGAGAGCAAAAGACCCUGGCGCAACCCCUGGACAAAGCGUUAGGCAAUGGUCAGAAACGCCCCACUUUGCAGCUACUCCAGGUCGAGAAACAGGAAGUUCUGCAUUUGGUGUAAGUAUUGAGACUGGUGAAUUUCAUGCCGCUAACUAAUUCCUCGUGCUAAUACUUUUAAUUUUUUCCCGUUCUAGGGGACACCUAGUGCUAGACGUAACCGUUGGGACGAAACUCCUCACACUGAAAGGUAUGGUGCCGAUACACCAGGUCAUGGUGCUGGAUGGGCAGAAACCCCCAGAGCUGAUCGAACUCCUGGCGGUGUAGAGUCAAUUCAAGACACACCAUCUUCAAUGGUUUAUGGACCAGGCUCCACUCCAUCAAGCAUUGCUGCUGCGGCCGCACUUGCCGUUAAGCGCAGAUCUAGAUGGGACGAAACUCCACUAAAAGCAGGAUCAACUCCAGGUGGUUUAACACCAUCUCAGACUCCGGGCAGCUUCACACCGUCAAGUGCUAUGGGUGGGAUAACACCAGGAGCAACUCCUGGAGGCUUUAAUGCGGCUAGCGCUUUCACUCCUUCCGGAACUACUCCAACAGGUUUACGGGCUAUGGCUAUGGCCACACCAAAUUUCGGGUCUGCUGCCAUAACAAUACCAGGAGCAGGAAUCCCAAUGACUCCCGAACAGUUACAAGUAUAUGCUUGGCAGAAGGAGAUCGAUGAUCGAAACAGACCUCUAACUGAUGAGGAUUUAGAUGAGUUGUUGCCUCCAGGUUAUAAGAUCAUGCCACCGCCCGCCGGUUACGUCCCAAUAAGGACUCCUGCUCAUCGAUUGGUAGCAACACCAACUCCAAUGAUUGGAGGGACUCCAAUGGGCUUUAGAAUCGGCACACCUGAUAUUGGAACAACAGCUGGGUUUGGUAUGAAUGCAACUGGAGGUAAUGCUGCGGCUCUUGGUGACAUGCAACCGAAAGGAGCUAAUUUACCCAUGAUGAGACCUGAUGAUCUACAGUAUUUUGAUAAACUGCUACAAGAUGUCGAUGAGGACACUCUUCCACCCGAGGAGGCACGUGAAAGAAAGAUAAUGACAUUUUUACUCAAGAUAAAAAAUGGUACUCCUCCAAUGCGUAAGUCAGCCCUAAGGCAAAUCACUGAGAAAGCAAGGGAAUUCGGUGCAGGACCUCUGUUCAAACAAAUAUUACCCCUUCUGAUGUCUCCUACAUUAGAAGAUCAAGAACGCCAUUUGUUAGUGAAGGUCAUCGAUCGUAUUUUGUAUAAACUGGACGAUCUUGUCCGCCCUUUUGUGCACAAAAUUUUGGUUGUUAUUGAACCUCUACUUAUCGAUGAAGAUUAUUACGCUCGUGUCGAGGGGCGUGAAAUAAUAUCUAAUCUCGCAAAAGCUGCUGGACUCGCUACUAUGAUUUCUACUAUGCGUCCCGAUAUUGAUAAUAUGGACGAAUAUGUGCGUAAUACAACUGCAAGAGCGUUUGCUGUCGUUGCAUCAGCUCUAGGAAUCCCUAGUUUGUUGCCAUUUUUAAAAGCCGUUUGCAAAUCUAAAAAAUCUUGGCAAGCUAGACAUACUGGCAUCAAGAUUGUUCAACAAAUAUCCAUCCUUAUGGGUUGUGCAAUUCUACCGCAUUUACGGUCUUUAGUGGAAAUUAUUGAACACGGGUUAGUUGAUGAACAACAAAAAGUUCGCACUAUUACAGCAUUAGCUUUGGCCGCUCUUGCUGAAGCAGCCACUCCUUAUGGCAUAGAAUCAUUUGACUCAGUUUUGGAACCUUUGUGGCGUGGUAUAAGAACUCAUCGAGGCAAAGGUUUAGCCGCUUUCCUAAAAGCUAUUGGCUACCUCAUCCCCCUAAUGGAUGCAGAGUAUGCCAAUUAUUAUACCCGUGAAGUUAUGUUAAUUUUAAUCCGUGAGUUUCAGUCUCCUGAUGAAGAAAUGAAAAAAAUUGUUCUUAAAGUAGUCAAGCAGUGCUGUGCAACAGACGGUGUCGAACCUGAUUAUAUUAAGUCGGAAAUUCUACCACCGUUUUUCCGUAGCUUUUGGACACAACGUAUGGCUCUAGAUCGGCGCAAUUACAGACAGCUGGUUGAUACAACUGUGGAAAUAGCAAAUAAAGUCGGUGCAGCUGAUAUCAUCUCUAGAAUUGUAGAUGACCUCAAAGAUGAGUCCGAACCCUAUCGUAAAAUGGUGAUGGAGACUAUCGAAAAAGUUAUGUCUGCACUAGGAAGCACAGAAGUUGAUGCUCGACUUGAAGAGCAAUUAAUCGAUGGUAUAUUAUAUGCUUUCCAGGAACAAAGUACCGAAGACGCUGUCAUGUUGAUUGGUUUUGGAACUAUUGUACAAUCACUUGGUAAACGUGUUAAGCCGUACUUGCCCCAAAUAUGUGGUACAAUCUUAUGGCGUCUUAAUAACAAAUCGGCUAAAGUUCGUCAGCAGGCAGCCGACCUUAUUAGUCGUAUCGCUGGUGUAAUGAAAGUGUGUCAAGAAGAAAAACUAAUGGGUCAUUUGGGUGUAGUUUUAUAUGAAUACCUUGGUGAAGAAUAUCCAGAAGUACUUGGAAGUAUUUUGGGUGCCCUUAAGGCUAUUGUAAAUGUAAUUGGUAUGACCAAAAUGACUCCUCCAAUUAAAGAACUUCUGCCAAGAUUGACACCAAUAUUGAAAAACAGGUUAGUUUUAAAUGUUAUUGUUCAUUAUCGCUAAAUGGUAUACAACAUGGUCAUUUUCAGUCAGCUUACCACCGACUUAUAUUUUGAUCAUCGGUUUUACUGAUGUUUUGUCGAUAUCUGAGGAUUGCGACUUUAAACCUCUUUUCCAUACAUGCAAUUAAAAUAAUGAAUGGUACUAUUUAAACUUGUACCAAUCUAACUCGCUUUUUUAUUCUCUGAAGAAGCGACUUACACUAUGUCACGAAACAUCAGAAAUUCAGUUGUCUAGUUACUGAGGUAUUACAAGUAUAUAAUCAAUUUUCUUAUAAACAGUCAUUCCACCCUACAUUCAAUAAGUUUGAUAUUAUCUAGUUAAACCUUGGUAAUGAUACUCUUCUUGUUUUCUAGGCAUGAAAAAGUAGAAGAAAACUGUAUCGAUCUUGUUGGACGAAUAGCAGACCGUGGGUCGGAGUAUGUCUCUUCUAGAGAAUGGAUGCGUAUCUGCUUUGAACUCUUGGAAUUAUUAAAAGCACAUAAAAAAUCAAUUCGACGAGCAACUGUCAACACUUUUGGUUAUAUUGCCAAAGCAAUCGGUCCACAUGAUGUUUUAGCGACUCUGUUAAAUAAUUUAAAGGUUCAAGAGCGUCAAAAUCGUGUUUGCACAACUGUUGCCAUUGCUAUUGUUGCAGAGACAUGUAGUCCAUUUACUGUUUUACCUGGUCUUAUGAAUGAAUAUAGGGUCCCUGAACUAAAUGUUCAAAAUGGUGUUUUAAAAUCACUGGCUUUCAUGUUCGAGUAUAUUGGUGAAAUGAGCAAAGACUACAUAUAUGCCGUAACUCCUCUGUUAGAAGAUGCACUAAUGGACCGGUAACUAAAAAUUCCUUAAUAUACUCUUUUUCUAUGCGGUUUGCUAACCUAAUGUAUUUUUCCUUUUAGUGAUCUUGUGCACAGACAAACUGCAAUGACUGCAGUAGCUCAUAUGGCUCUUGGUGUAUAUGGGUUCGGGUGUGAAGAUGCUCUUCUGCAUCUCCUGAACGUCGUUUGGCCUAAUGUCUUGGAAACUUCACCACAUGUCAUUCAGGCUUUCAUGUUUUGCAUUGAAGGUCUCCGUGUUGCACUUGGUCCUAACAAGGUACUUCAGUAUUGUCUUCAAGGCUUAUUCCAUCCUGCUAGGAAAGUGAGAGAUAUGAUGUGGAAAGUGUACAAUACUAUUUACAUUGGUAAUCAAGAUGGCUUAGUUUAUGGUUUCCCACGUAUUCCUGACGAACAAGAUCACACUUAUAUCCGACAUGAAUUGUCUUAUAUUUUGUGAAAAUGUAUUUGUCAGUAUGAUCACAAUCCUAUUUACUUCUUAUUUUCACUCCCAGACUUUUAUGUUUUGUUACUAUUGCAUUCUUGUCCUUCAAAUAAGUUCCUGAUAUCAGGAUCUAUUAACUCCUACGGUUUUACACAUCGUCGUGGUCUUGUAUUUAAACCAAUUUUUUUCGGAUUAAUAAAUCAGUUAAAUUG